UGCAUAUAGUCAGGUGCUACACAAAUAACAAUAAUUUAAAAGCAAUUCGCCAUAGUCGGGCGGUCGUCAACGCGUUAAAAUAAAUCACAAUCGCAUUCGGAACAAUGGUCGCGAGAUGAGAAGGGUGCGCGCCCCAGCUGCGUGCCCCGAUCGAUCUGUGGACCGCGGCAACUUCCACAUUACGCUCUGCACUGUCUGUCAACGCUGUUCCAAAUUCAAACGCUUUCUAAACAAAAAUAAAAAAUAUAUUUAAAAAAGUUUUAAUUGCCAGUGUGAUGUGUUAAGUUUUUUGUUAAUUAUGGAGGCACGAAGGACUUGGGAUGGUGUGCCGCUGGGAGAGUCCCACUCUCCGCCACAAUCAGUGCCUGGUAGAAGAACGCCUUUGGGGGCUGUCGGUCUUGGAGGAUUCUACAUGCAAGGCGGCCAGCCCCCACCGCCACCGCAGCAUUGUUAUCCCACUGAUGAAAACCAACCGGAACCUGGUACCAGCUAUGCUCAGAGACCAAUUGGCGAUGGAAAAUCCAAACAAAAGAUGCGACAAGGGAAAACCGUACGACUGAACAUAAAUGCUAGAGAAAGGAGAAGAAUGCAUGACUUGAAUGACGCUCUAGAUGAACUGCGUAGCGUCAUCCCCUACGCUCAUUCGCCGUCCGUGAGGAAGCUGUCCAAAAUAGCCACUCUGCUUCUUGCCAAAAACUACAUCCUGAUGCAGGCCAGCGCGCUUGAAGAGCUCAGAAGGCUGGUGGCGUACCUGCAGGGCACAGCAACCGCGGCAGGCAUCGUGCCGCCCCCAGGCUUUGACCUGGCGGGCUUCCCCGCAGCCGCCAAAUUGUUGCAGCCCCCCACCGGCCCCCCACCGCCCGCACCCCCCGAACCGCCCUCCUGAGACAUGCACAUCAAACUUGAACCUUAAGUAAUUGGGAGUAUGAGUAUAUAUGAAAUAAGAAAUUCACAUUACAUUUAACAAGAUAAAUUAUAUAAAACUAAUUAGGUGUAAAUUAUCAGAGUCACCUCUUGUGUAGUCUAUAAAAAAUAACGCCAAAGAUUUCGCCAAGAAAAUCCUGAGUUACCUACCAUGAUUACGCAAAGUCCUGGUUACUUUAGGUGAUCAUAAGAAGUUGCUACAUUAUGUAGGAGUUUUCAUUGUAAAUUUAAAACAACAACUCUUAUAUUUUUCGAGUAAAAUUAGUAUUCUUUGCUCGAGCAUUUAAAAUCUUGGUAGACUUGAUCUCAAGAGUGUCAACAAUUUGCAAUCAAUUAUCCAAUAGAAAUAUAAAAAUAUUGAAUAUUAAAUUUAAUUAAUUAUAGUGUGUGAUUAGUUGUUAUUAGGUAGGUACUAUUAAUUUAUUUUACACUAAUCGUUGUCAUAAUAAACGAUUUAAUACUUAGGUAUACAAAAUGCGAUCUAUUAUAGAAAUUAAUUAAUGUAUGAAUAGUUUCUCAUUCGACUUGUGAGUGGAUGAGACUGUGAAUCAAUGUGCCAAAUAAAAUAAGUAGUCUUGAUGUAAGUAGGUAUGCUCGUUAAAUAUUGAUUUAUAUUAUAAAAAAUAUUGCUAUUGUUACAUAACUAAUUACAAGGACAUUUUCGAUAAAUUUCUAAUUGGUAGUCAAGGAAGCCAAUUUAAUGGUGUAGUUAUCAUUACCUUAUAUACUCUCUUAUAAUCCAUACUAAUAUUAUAAAUUGGAAAGUCUAUCUGUUCCGCUUUCACGGCUUAACUGCUGGAUUUUGAUGAAAUUUGGUAUGCAUGUAGUUAAGAAACCCGUCCAAACAUGGGCUACUUUAUUUCAAAAAUCAACCCCAAAUGCCUAUAAUCGGGAUUGAAAUUUGUAUGAAAAUCAUGUCUGCUCGGCUGAAGCCUCGGGCAAAAGCUAUUAAUGUAAUAUUAUGAUAGUCAUUACCAUAAUUAAAUCUCCACAGAACGUAGGAUGCUAAUAUUGACGUCCAAUAUUCUGUCAACUAUGUCCUUGCAUACUGUUUAGCGUAUUUUAUUAAUUAAGCACUUUGGUCUAGUCAUUUAUAUUAGUGAAGACUUAUAAUAAGGCAAAUGUUCUGCCAACUGCCAUCCUAUUAAAUUAGAGAUAGUACUGUAGUUGGUUCUUAUCACAGGUAUGUGUUGUAGGUAUCUUUAUUAAGGAGAGAACUGCGCGAAGCUAAUUUACAAAUUUUCGCAGCUUGGAAUGCAGUUGUCUAUACUACAGAUACUACAUAGAUAGGAUGUUCAUAUUCGUAAAAAUGUAAUCAAUAAAUAAAUACUCAAAAAGAAACAUUUAUUUACAAGUAGUCAUAGGUAUUAAUUAUUAUUGUUUAAGUACAUUUGUAAUCGUAAAUAGAAGAAAGUCAUUUUCAUCUGUGAAACAAAGCAUGUUUUUUCUUUGUUUUUUUUUUAUUAUGUUAAAUUGUCAUAGUAUUUUUCCUCAAAACAGAUUUCGUAUCUGUUAUUUUAAAUUUAGAUGAUUCUAAACUACAGCCUCAAUGUUAUUAAAACAAAAAAACUUACGUAUUAGUAUGUGUUAUAUAAUCUGUAGCUAUAGUGAUGGAUGUUUUAGUUACUCCUUGUUAUUCACUAUUACUUUCCGUGGAUCAAAAUAAUAAUAUUAAAGGAGCUGUAGAUGUUACAUAUUUAAAAUCAUUUAUUUUUAAAAUGUUUCAAUUAGUGAUUUGUACUGAUAGAAUAAUCAUUACUGUGACUAUUUUUAAUUAUGUAACCUUAUAAAAUAUAUGGUGUAUACAUUAUACAUGGCUUAAUAAGUUUUUAAUAUGAAGUGAAUAAGGCUAGAUCUAAAUAGGCAAGCAAAAUAUUAUUACAAUGUGAUUAAAUUACUAGCAAUAACGUAAGACUAAUAAAGUGGAUCCGUAAUAUAUAAUGUAAUUUUAUUAAAGUUUUUCACAAUCUGCUUAACUACAAAACUUUCAUCACUCAAAGAGCAUAUAUGACAUUUGAAAAAAUUUAAGCCUGUCAAAUAUACUUUAAGUUCUCUGAGACUGCGAAGCUAGGUGUAACAGAUAAACCUUGUGCCAGCUAUACACACUAUCGGUGAACUCAGGUGCCGACGCGAAUGCAUGUGUGAGCUUUUAUUUACCACAAUGAAAAACCAGCAAUAUAUGCUGAGUCCACCAA